UAUGUUUUUGUUUUUAUGUUAGUUCCAAUCCAAACUGUGUUUGUUGGGUCAAAAGGUUAUGUCGUGUGCAUUUUUUAUUUGUUUUGCCAUUUUAUGCUGCUUAUCACCUACACUUUCCUUGAAAAAUAAGGAUAAACCGUGCCAUCAAUAUGACCCAUGUAAAUGCAUUUUCCCUACUGGAAGAGGCAUAAAUUUGGCUCUAAUCAACAAGACUUUGAGUGUUGAAACAGAAACCAAUGUCAGUAUCUCAAUUCAUUUUUGUGGGGAUGUCUCCUUUGGGAAUAACAACGCCAGUCAGUGUUUCAACAAUGUCUCGAUUUGCUACAUGGACAAUAACCACAAUCAGAGCUUCAGUUUUGGGAAAUCUGCAGACUUGAAAUUUGUGUCAGAAAGUCAAUUUGAGCCUAUCCACAUACAGUUUAGUAACUCGUCAAACACAACAAGAAUCGCUUUGACUUGUGUUAAAGAAUUGGACAAUCCUCUUCUUAUUUUCAAGUCAAAGUCUAAAGAUGGCUCCUAUGAUCUGGAGCUGCAGUCCGCACACUCGUGUGUCCGACUGCUGUCCACUGAGGAGGGCCCCAGUGGAGGCCUCAGCAUGGGCUCAGUGCUGGUCAUCAUGCUGCUGGUGUUCACGCUUGUCUACUUCGGCGGAGGCAUGCUGACAUUACGCAUACUCCGUGGCGCCGAGGGCAAGGAGAUGAUACCAAACAUUGACUUCUGGACAGAUCUGCCGUAUCUAGUCAGGGAUGGUGUACUCUUCACUCUAAAUGGAUUCCGUCCACAAACGUCUUAUGAUAGAAUUUAAAAAUUGUGGUUUCAUGUGCCAAAGUUGCCUGUUGUAUUUUAUGUGAUAUUUUAUACCUAUGAAAAUAUUGUUUUAUUUUAGUCAUAUAUUAUUGUAGUAUGUUGUUCACAUUCACACUAAGUUAAAGAUGAAAACAGGGGAGAUAUUCCAAUGACAAUAGAAGUAUAAAAUGAUUGUAAAUAUAUUUAUGUCAUUUUGAUUAGCUCUUUUAUGUUAUUACUUUUACUAGCAUUGGUUGUAUUUUUGUAGCAAAGUUUUGCCAUGAGUAUACUCUUCACCUUUGUUUAGAAUUGCAUAAAAAACUAACAUAGGAUGAUAAACCUAAAAAUUGAACUAUAUUUGUCUUCCUAACUUAAAUGUAAAGUGAUAAAUUUGUGCCAUUAGUCUCGUAUGAGCACUAAGAUGGUAAUCUAAAUUUUACAUAUCAACAAAAAAUAUCACCGCUUGAUUAGCAGUAGAGGUAGAAGCCGUGAUUCUUCCUUGUAGUCUCAAUUCAAAAUAGAUGUUGUUAGUUAAUUUUUAUAAAUGUAUAUUUGUACAAGUCAUUAGGCAUUUAGGCACUAUUCUCGACUGGUGUAUUAGUAGGUUUAAUGUUGCAUUGCAUUGUGUUCACCUUCCAAAAAUUGGGUGUGGCUUAUUUUGUGGUUGGAAUGCUGACUUCUGUUCUAAAGACAGUUUUGAACCCCGCAAAUCACCAAUUGAUUUUAGCCAGUGCUGGCUUUACCACUUAGUCAAAGCAUGUUGCAGCUUAUUGUACAAAAACUUUUUUCAUAUUUAUAAUUUGUUGUGAUGUUCCCGGGAUUGUUAGAGAUGUUCACCGUGUUCACAGGAAAGUUCCACCAAUAAGGUGGGGCGUGCUUGAGUUGACUUGGCCUAGGGCCGCAAGUACCAUAAAUCUGGCACUGCGUUUAGCCAUCUAAUGUCAUUAAUUGGUGGUCCGGAGCCCAUCUUAAAGCCGUAGGUCCGCGUGGUAAGUAAAAAAGAACGGAUUACUUAUGCUGGAACAGAUUCUGUAUCCCCACAAAACACCAUGCAAUCGUUAUUUAAUCUUCCAAUAUGUCAAGAAGGGUAGCCAUAGCACUCAAACUAAUCUGCUGGAAUAUUUUAUUAAAAUAUAAAUAUGUUUAUUACAUUUACAUUAUAAAUUAGCUUUGGUUAGUACUGUCCGCGAGAGUAAAGAAGUCCCCUGAGCUCCGGCCUAUUUGUAGUUUGAAGGCGUUACGCUUGAACGUUUCGCGGGACAGUUAGAGCCGUCUUCACUCUUCACGCGGUAUGACGCGUUCAUAUAAGGUAACACACCAUCGACGUCUACACUUUGCCAACAUUUCUGGAAUGUUAAAUUAUUGCCCAUCCAAGUUUCGUCCAGAUAGAAAAUUUUCUUAUUUUGUUCCCUUAGCUUCCUCGUCUCUCGCAAAUAGCCUACUUAAACCUCCAAUUAAUAAUGUCAGGCCUUUCAAUCAAACAUUUUCUUUUGGAAUCGCAUUUCUUCCACUUUAACCCCAUAUCUUUGAAAAGACGCCGAAGUUCCCAUUCGUA